AAGAGAGACAUACUUUGAGGCAUGAUCCUUGGAGGAAACCAGAGAAGAAGAGUAAUGGAUUCGAUUCCCAAGCUAAUCAAGCUACUCUUUUUCCUCUCCUUUCUCUGCAUAUCUUUGGCCAAUCCAACUCCUCUCUUCCCCAAAGAAUCACACCCCUCGAAAUCUGGCUACUUACCGAUCAAUUCUUCAACCAGUUCAGCUAUUUACUUCGCCUUCUAUGAAGCUCAAAGACCCGUUUUUAAUUUAUCUCAAACACCCCUCCUCGUUUGGCUCCAAGGCGGCCCCGGCUGCUCUUCCCUUCUCGGAAACUUCUUUGAGCUCGGCCCUUGGCGUUUGAAUCCCAAACAAAAUGGCAACAACGACCCUGUUCUUGAGUCUAACCCAGGUGCUUGGAAUCGCCAAUUUGGCCUUCUUUUUAUUGAUAACCCCAUUGGAGCUGGUUUCAGUAUUGCUUCCUCUCCUGCAGAGAUCCCAAGAGACCAAGAAACCAUGGCCAAUCACCUUAUCGCUGCCCUCACAUCGUUUAUCUCCUCAGACCCACUUUUCAAAUCUCGUCCACUUUACAUCACUGGAGAGAGCUAUGGAGGAAAAUAUGUUCCUGCUGUUGGGUACUACAUACUGCAACAGAGUUCGGAUCUGAACUUAAGGGGAGUUGCAAUAGGGAACGGGUUGACUCACCCAGUCACUCAGGUUGCUACUCAUGCUGCAUCGGCGUAUUACUCGGGCUUGAUUAAUGAGAAACAGAGGACCCAGCUAGAGGAGAUUCAAGCACAAGCUGUGAAGCUGACCCAAGAGGGUAAAUGGAAGGAAGCAACGGAUGCACGUAACAAAAUCUUGGAUUGGUUGCAGAAUUUGACUGGGUUGGCUACCCUUUACGAUUUCAGGAGGAAGACCCCUUAUGAAACAGAAACUGUCACUGCUUUCCUGAACAAAGAACAAGUGAAGAAAGCUUUAGGCGUAGAAAAUUCGUUGGUUUGGGUGGAAUGCAGUCAUGUCGUUGGGGAUGCUUUGCAUGAAGAUGUGAUGAAGAGUGUAAAGUUCAUGGUGGAGGAAUUGGUGAAGAAGAGUAAGGUAUUGCUAUACCAAGGGCAGUUUGAUUUGAGAGAUGGAGUGGUUUCGACUGAAGCAUGGGUGAAAGAGAUGAAUUGGGAGGGACUAGAAAGUUUUCUAAUGGCAGAGCGGAAGGUCUGGAAAGUUAAAGAAGAGCUUGCUGGGUACGUGCAAAAAUGGGGGAGCUUGAGUCAAGUUGUUGUUUCAGGGGCUGGGCACCUUGUACCUGCUGAUCAGGCAGUGAAUUCUCAGGCGAUGAUCGAAGACUGGAUUAUGGAGAGAGGACUGUUUCAGGAUGAGAAAAAGAGCUUCUCAUUACCAGAUGGUAAGGGUUAUUUAUGAAUUCCUCUCAGGUUCUUCUGAAGUAAAAUAAUGAAUCAAAUUAUAGGAUGGUUUGGUACUUCAUA